GGGUCCUGUCCCCGGUCCGUGCCGGGGGUCCUGAUAAUCUCGCCUCGUCCUUCCCCACGGGGACGAGGUUCCCCCUCCCUCCCCGCUGCCCAAAUCGCAGCCCAGCCCGACCCAGCUGCCCGGGGAGGGGGGGGACGGGACGGGGACUCUCCCCCAGCGCGGCCGAGCUCCCGGGGCUCCAGGCGCCCUUCGGGGGGUCGGGACACGGGGACGAGGGGUGCCCGAGCUCCGCCAGCCCCCGCCGCGGCCGCCGCGACGGGGCGUCCCUCGGGGAGCGUCCCCGCCGGGCUGCGCCACCCCCUCGCUGCCCGCUUUAGGAUGGCGGCGCGGGCGCCCGCGCCCUCGUCCUGCGACUGCUUCGUGGCCCUGCCGCCGGCCACCGCGGCGCCGGCCGUGAUCUUCGGCAAGAACGCGGACCGGCCGCGGGACGAGGUGCAGGAGGUCGUGUACUUCCCCGCCGCGCUCCACGGCCCCGGGGAGAAAGUCCAGUGCACGUACAUAGAGAUCGAGCAGGCGGAGCGGACCCACGCCGUGGUGCUGAGCCGGCCGGCCUGGCUGUGGGGCGCCGAGAUGGGCGCCAACGAGCACGGCGUCUGCGUGGGCAACGAAGGCGUGUGGACCCGCGAGCCCGUCGGCGAGGAAGAGGCGCUGCUGGGCAUGGACCUGGUGAGGCUGGCUCUGGAGCGGGGCGGCUCGGCGCGCGAGGCCGUGGAGGUGAUCACCGCCUUGCUGGAGCGGCACGGCCAGGGCGGCAGCUGCAAGGAGGAGCCCACGCCAUUUGUCUACCACAACACCUUCCUCCUGGCCGACCGCGCCGAGGCCUGGGUGCUGGAGACGGCCGGCCCGUACUGGGCAGCCCAGCGCGUUGGAGAGGGGAGCCGCAACAUCUCCAACCAGCUCAGCAUCGGCACGGACAUCACGGAUGAGCACGCGGGGCUUCGGCAGCGUGCCCGGAGCCAGGGCUGGUGGAGCGGGGCCGGGGAGUUCAGCUUCGCCGAGGUCUUCUCCCUAGCACAGCAGCCCGUCCGCAUGGAGGCCGCCAAGGCCCGCUACCGCGCCGGCAAGGAGCUGCUGCAGCAACACGCAGGCCGUAUCACGGCAGAGACCUUCAUGGCCAUCCUCCGGGACAAGGCCAGCGGGAUCUGCGUGGACUCGGAGGGCUUCCGCACGGCAGGCAGCAUGGUGUCUGUGCUGCCCCAGGACCCUGCCUUGCCCUGUGUCCACUUUUUCACGGCCACCCCCGACCCCUCCAGAUCUGUGUUCAAACCCUUCGUCUUCGUGGCUGGCCUCAAGGCUACGCCUCAGGUGAGAUCUCCCACCUUUGCUGAUGACCCUGCCAAGAAGAUCCCACGUUUCCAGAGCAGAGUCGAUCGGCGGCAUGAGCUCUACCGCUGGCAUCAGGCGGCGCUGGAGCUGAUGGAGAGUGACCCGGAGCAGGGCCAGAAGCUCCAGCAAACACUACGGGACCUGGAGAGGCAGGGCCUGGAGGCGGUGAACGCGCUGCUCGCGGGGACCGUGGCUCCAAGCCCGGAGGAGCUUGCCGAGCUCUUCUUCGACUGUGUGGACACAGAGAUGAAGUUUUACAAAUAAACUCUGUACAAGGAUCAUUGCAAGGAGAUGAGAAAAUGUUCCUCCCUCUGCCACAUCUGGCUUCCUCACCUCCCGCUGCACAUCUGCUGCCCCACGCCAGCCACUGAACGGCAUGGAGAGAAAUGGCUCGGCCAGCGUCUCCCAACCCUGUCCAUGGACAUGGGGCCCCCAGACCCGUUACUUGUCCCAUAGGAAUCAGCACUUUCAGGGGUGGCUCUGACUCUUGAGGAAGAACUUUACUGUGAGGGUGACAGAGCUCUGGAACAGGUUGCCCAGAGAGGUUGUGGAGUCUCCUCCUCUGGAGAUAUUCCUAACCUGCUGGAAGCAACCCUGUGCAACGUGUUCUAGGUGACCCUGGUUGAGCAGAGGGGUUGGACUAGAUGAUCCCCAGAGGUCCCUGCCAACGUCAACCAUUCUGUGUGGUUCUGUAAACGCAGGUGCAGGGGGAAGGAGAGGGACAUGCCAUGCAGAGGAGGAUGUGGUGUCCUCUCCCUGCCUGGCAUGUCUUUUCCCAGUGCUGUCCCAUGCUGUCCUCCCGUUCCCAGCCCUGCAGUAGAGGGCCCCAGCUGCUGGCUGUGGCUGUGGCUGGCUAUGAGUCCAUGGCAGGCAGAGAGACAGACUGAUGUAGGAAUAAAGAGGCUUUAAUUCCA